AUGAAUGGCCUUGGUGGAAUCACAAGAAUACCAGCACAGCGCGCAGCAGCGGUGCUGGGCGGGACGCGAAUAGCUGUGACGACGACGCCAAGCUAUACCAAGUCUCACAGCUCUAAAACCACAACACAAGCAAGGAAACUAGAUAAAAAGGAACGAGUCGUCAUUCUAGGCUCCGGCUGGGCCGGCUACGCCCUCGCGCAGACAAUCAAGCCAUCCGCCGCCUCGCGCGUGCUCAUCUCGCCUCGCUCGCACUUUGUCUUCACGCCGCUCCUCGCCUCCACCGCCGUCGGCACGCUCGAGUUCCGCGCAACCGUCGAGCCGGUGCGCCGCCUCGGCCUUGACGAGUUUCACCAGGCGUGGGCCUCGCGCAUCAACCUCGCCCGCAAAACCAUCCUCCUCGAGGCCAACACGGGCAGCGACACGGCCGGCAGCCGGACCAGCGCGCUCAAGGCGCCCGAGAAGGGCGCCGAGUUCGAAAUCGCCUACGACAAGCUCGUCAUCGCCGUCGGCUGCUACAGCCAGACAUUCGGCACCGAGGGCGUCGCGCAGCACGCCAGCUUCCUGCGCGACGUGGGCGACGCCCGCGACAUACGCCUCAAGGUGCUGACGGCGUUUGAGAAGGCGGACCUGCCGUCGACGACGGACACGCAGCGCGCGGAGCUGCUGAGCUUUGCCGUCGUCGGCGGCGGGCCGACCGGCAUCGAGUUCGCGGCCGAGCUGCACGACCUGGUGCACGAGGACCUCGCGCGGCUGUACCCGGCGCUGGCGCCCUUCGUGCGCGUCACCGUCUACGACGUCGCGUCUAAGGUGCUCCCCAUGUUCGACCAGGCGCUCGCGGGCUACGCGAUGGACCUGUUCCGGCGGCAGGGCAUCGAGGUCCGCACGGAGACGUCCCUGCGGAGCAUCCGCCGCGACGGAGACGUCCUGCGGCUGCGGAUCAAGGGCGGCAAGGAGGAGGAGGAGGAGGAGGUCGGCGCGGGCCUGGUGGUCUGGAGCACGGGGCUGAUGCAGAACCCGCUGGUGGCCGGACUGCUGCGCCAGGAGAUCCCUGGCUACGGCCGGAUCGUCGAGGACGAGCAUACCGGCGGCAUCACCACGGACGGGCGCAUGCGGGUGCUGACGACGCAGACUGGUGACGACGGGAAGCGCGUGCCGCUGCCAGACGUGUACGCGAUCGGAGACUGCGCGGUGCAGGAGGCUCACCGGCUGCCGGCCACGGCGCAGGUGGCCAGCCAGCAGGCGACGUGGCUCGGCAAGCGCAUCAAUCGCGGCGCGACCGACAGUGAAGGGGGCGGCGAGUUCAAAUUUCGGAACUGGGGCGCGAUGGCGUAUCUCGGGAGCAAGCGCGCGAUCCAUCAGCACGGCACAGACGGGCUCAAGGGCUGGCCGGCGUGGAUACUCUGGCGGACGGCGUACCUGACAAAGAGCAUGAGCUGGAGGAACAAGCUCAAGAUUCCGGCGCAGUGGCUGAUCACGGCCCUGUUUGGACGAGACAUUUCCCGGUUCUAG